AUGCUGGGUGCGCAGGGCAAGGAGUGCGAGGAGAAGCAGCGCGAGAUGGAGAUGCAUCAGACGGCCUUUGCGGCCAACAGAGACAUCCUGAGCAGCGCCAUCGACUCGACGUCCGCCGUCGUUGGCUCACUGCGCGAGUUCGCACAGCAUCACUGGAUCAUGACGUACCCAGAGACGGAGCGUGAUGCUUGCGCCACGGCCGCCGCCGCUGCUGGACCCUCGUCGUCGCUGCGUCGGUCGCAGAGCACCACGCGCGGCGAGUCGCUCGACGAUGCCGCCGCCACGGCGCAGCUCGAGGCGGAGCGUGCGGCACGCAGCAGCAGCAGCACCGUGCAGCACCCCGGCAUGCAGCGCGGCUUCACUUGCGUUGGUGUGCCGUCCAGCAGCGCACCUACGACUCCCGUGCGCAAGACGCCCACGCGCGCAGAGACGACGCCGCUGCAGCGUGGCGAGUCGAGUGGCGGAAUGUCGGUGCUGCGCCUGGACCUCAAGCUCGGAGCUGCGUCGAACAACCCGCGCGCACUGGUGCAGUCGCUGGAGAAGUCGUCCAUUGCCCAGCUCCUCGAUGGUCGCAUGGCGCAGUCGCAGCGCCAACUGCAGUUCCUCCAGGCACGCAUCGCGGACAAGCAGAGCAAGGUGCUCGUCACCGGCGACCUCAACGCCGGCAAGUCGACGUUUGUCAAUGCGCUGCUGCGUCGUGCCGUCAUGCCGACGGACCAGCAGCCGUGCACGACGGUGUUCUGCGAAGUGCUCGAUGCAGACGAGGCGAAUGAGGGUCGCGAGGAGGUGCAUGUUCUCAAGAGCGACGCAGCACAGUACGAUCGCCUCGACGAGUCCACCUUCUCGCGCCACUCGCUGCAGCAAGUCGAGCAGAUCGUGGCCGAUGCCGAAGACGUGUCGCCCGAGAAUGCGCCGCUGCUCAAGUGCUACUGCCGCGACACGCGUGCCAGUCAGCAGUCGCUCUUGCGCAACGGCGUCGUCGACAUUGCCCUCAUCGAUGCGCCGGGCCUCAACCGCGACUCGCUCAAGACGACGGCACUCUUUGCGCGCCAGGAGGAGAUCGACGUCGUCGUCUUUGUCGUCAGUGCCGAGAACCACUUUACGCUCUCGGCAAAGGAGUUUCUCUGGAACGCCUCCAACGACAAGGCCUACGUCUUCAUCGUCGUCAACAAGUACGACCAGAUCCGCAACAAGGAGAAGUGCCGUCGCCUCGUGCUCGAGCAGAUCAAGCAGCUCUCGCCGCGCACGUACGAGGACGCCGAUGAGCUCGUGCACUUUGUCGACUCGAGUGCCGUGCUGGACGAGGCUGCUGCGCCCGACGAGGAAGAGCCGCAGACGCCGGGCGAGGACACCAAGGUCGGCGGCAGCGCUGCCUCGGCCUCCUCCCCCUCGACGCUCUCCUCGGCCUCCUCGACGAGCUUUGCGCAGCUCGAGGCGUCGCUGCGCGACUUUGUGCUGCUGAAGCGCUCCAAGUCGAAGCUGAUGCCGGCGCAGACGUACCUGCUGCGUCUGCUGCUCGACCUCGCCUUUGUGGCGCGCACAAACGUCUCGGUUGCCGAGACGGAGCGCGCCGAGGCACUGCAGAAGCUCGCCGCCGCUCGUCCGGCGCUGGCACAGAGCGAGGCGAACCACGUCAAGCUCGAGACGCAGCUCGAGGGCGAGGAGGAGGGCGUCGUCUCGGGCGUCAUGCAGGGCGCAAGGGCGCGCUUGCAACAGGCUCUCGAUCUCGUGGGCAACGGCCAAUCGGCCGAUGUCUCCGUCACGCUGCCCGCAUACCCGGGUCUGCUCAACGUGCUGCAGUAUGCUCAGGAUGUGCGUCAAGCUCUGCUCUGCAGUCUCGAGGCGUCGCUCUGCAACGUCGAGGAGGCCGCGCGGGCCGCCACGACCGAGGCGGUGCAGCGCGUGCGUGCCCUGGGCGAGACGCAUCUGCCCGAGGGCGCCAAUCGCAGCCAGCGAGUCUUCCAGCCAGAGACGAUGUUCCGGCAGCGUCGUGCGCGCUCCUUUGCCACGACGACGACGUUUGUCGGCCUCGGCGUGCCCGACGACAUGGUCGACGUCAAGAUUACGGACCUCUUCGACUUGCCGCACGUCUUCAAAGUCGUCGCUGGCCGCUCUGCUGCGGACGAGGAGCGAGGCUCGAAGAAGGCGGCACUCGAGCAGGAGUCCAGCCUCACUGGCGGCCUGACGCUCGGCCUCGGCGCCAUCACGCUCGUCGGCGGCAAGACGCUCGGCGCAAAGACGGCCAUUGAGGCGUUUGUGCGUCUCUCGGACCUUGUGGGAAAUCCCACGGCGCGGCGGUGGGCAGGUCCCCUGCUCGCCAUUGCCACGACGGGCCUCGUCGUCUACUUCGUCGUCGAUCUGCCCAACUCGAUUCCGCGCAACGCAGGCCGCUCCAUCCGCCAUGAGCUCUCGGCGGCACCGAUGGGAUCGCGCAAGGCCAUCGAUGCCCAGCCUACGUCGACCACAAUUGCCGUGUCCUCGACUGCGGCUGCCUUCGCCACCUCCUCCUCCUCCUCCUCCUCUGCGACCUCCUCGCUUCCGGCGUUCAUCGAGUAUCACUCCAAGCACACGGCCGACCGCACGCGCAAGGUGCUGCGCCUCAUCAGCUGGGAGCUGCACGAGCUCUUCACGGUGCACAUUGCCGCGUGCAAGGCCGAGGUGCACAAGGCCGAGACGCAGCAGAAGAGCGCCGAGAGUGCCCUCAGCCACUUCCACGCCAUGACGGCGCGCAUCGAGGACAUCGAGAGGCGCGUGCAGGCCGUGGGUCUGCUGCAGCACUAG